AUGGAGUCUGAAGGCGGAGACGACGAUAAGAGAGACGUGGCGAAGCAAGAGAAGAAUGCAAAGAGUAGCCAGGCGGCGGAGUGCCGGGUCCUGGUUCUGCAGCCGGGCAGGUCUAGGCCGAUCAGCUUGAACUUGGAUGAGUUGAGGGCGUGUCACGAACUCAGGCUCGAGUUGCCGUUCGAGGAUCUGACGGUGGCGCUUCCACCAGGGUUCUCCGACAUGCAGGUGAACACUGUGGCCGGCGACUCCCCCCUCGUCGACUGGAAGAUCAACCACCCAGAGGAAGACCCCGAGAAGAUGAAGGAGAGGAUCAAAGUAUGGGUUCAAGCGGUGGCGCUCUCCUACGCCUGCCAUCAUCCCAGCAAAUAG